AUGCACCAAUUGGAGGUAAGUGGAGUAGUGGUGAUGGGUAAGGACAGCUAUUACUUCACGGAUACCCUCCGACAGCCAAGAACCUUCGGUUACCUCAUCUGCAGUCGACCGCUUCACCCUAAGUCCCACAAGGCUUCGAGUUUUAACUCCGACAAAAUGGGCACCAUUUAUGAGGCGUCCAAUGGAGAAAAUACUCAAAUCGACUCUCUGUCUUCUGAGUCACGUGGGGAAACAGUGAUUACUCCGGAAAGUAAAAUCUCCAAUAUUGGACAAAAAUUUAAGAUAUCUCCAAGGGAAUUUCUCCUGGAAUCUCCCAGAUUAGAAUCCCUACCGGAUAUGGUGGUAGUGCAACCGCGUAAUGGACGCGAAAUGUCGGGGGUGAGAGGAAAUUCCCCCUGCAAACCUCACAAUUCUUCUGAUUAUUUGCCAAACUACGCUGAUGAUUCCACGGAGAUUGUUGUUUCCAAGAUAAAAGGCGAACUUAUUGGAAUAACCCUGGGUUCCAAAGACGAGGCAAACUGCGGUUUCGUCGUAACCGACAUCGCUACCAAUGGUGCUCUCUACAGGACAUUGCAUUCAGUACCCAAAUAUCGUGAUGUCCGAUUCAGUAUUGGUGAUGUAAUCACUGAAAUAGAUGGAAAAUCGCUUCGUGAGGCCACCUCAUUCGGAGUUCAAAGCCUUCUUUGGGGCCUCUACUCUGCUGAAGGAAAUGUCAAUCUCAAGUUUAAAUCUAAGUCCACUUUGAAAUAUCAAACUGGAUUUCAAGUUGAGGUACAAGAAGAGGUGACCAAAAGUGCUACAGAAUCCCCUGAUGCCGUAAGCAUGAGGAAAUCUCCAAACCUCCUCACAUCAGACGAUUCACGACACCCUUCCACAGGAUCCUACUCAGUCGUGGUUGGAAAUAAGAACAUAACCAACGAACAAAUUCACCCUAAGCUGAAGUCUUGCGGGACUAAGUCAAAUGAAAAAUACUCAUCCGAAACUUUGAAUGCAACCCAGUAA